AUGGAUAUUCGCGCUCUCAUCCACCCGUACUACGUCCACCACCGCAACCUAGCCGCCAUCAAUGCGGCGUUUAUGAACCUCUUUCGCGCUAUCGGACAGCUCUCUAGCACCGACGAAUCGACCCGAGAUAUCUUCAUCCCACUUUGUGACGCCAGUCGCCGUGCUCAAAAGCGAGGACUUGUCGCGCCCAUGCCUGCGAUCCCCGUGCCUCUCUUGGAUCAGAACGACGUAGAGACACAUGAUGAGGUAGAAUCUCUGGGUAACCUGGUUCAUCUGGUGGCCUCACUCGCUGAACUCGUCACAAACCUCACUUCAAGCUCGGCAGUAAGCGCGUCUAGCGUAUCGCCUAUCGUCCACAGUAGUGCGAGAAACGGACCCUCUCAUUCAAACGAGAUGGACUCGCGUCCAUUACUGCGAUCCAGCAGCUCGUUCGUCGUGAUUCCCUCCAUGCAGUACCCUGGCGAGCACUUCAGUACGGGGACUGUUGAAGACUUUCGUAUUCGUCGUCAUAAUUAUCUCCAUGAUGCGCGAAUACGAGUCCGUGCGUGGUUGUCCAGGAAGGACACCCUGAGGAGAAGUCGCCAGUACCGUCAUCAACAGACGCCCGAUCAACAGAAUGUGACUGGUAUCUCUAUCACAUGGCCGAUUCCAUCCCAUGAUACGCAUCAUUCCAGACCACCGACGGAGUUUGGAAUGCAAAAGAGGGGUGAGGGGUCGGAUGCAACUCGCAAUCGACCUCUUGCUCGUCGCGCUGCAUCUCAACCUCAUUUACGCACGGAUGAAUCGGACGAAAAGGACAAGCCACUGCCAGUUGUCCCUCUGCACUUGGCCUCUUGUGUUGCUGGGUCCUCCAAGACAACGAUCCGGGUUGAGGGACGAGGACGCAAGCAUGAACAUUCCACAUCGGACCCAACAGGACUCACCAGUCGUUUACGCAAGCCAAAGCCAUGCUUGAAAGUGGCCAAGCGCCCACCUCUUCCGAUAGGCUCCACGUCUCACAUAGAGAUGGCAGCGAGCACCUCUGGAACUACCUCGAACCGGGAAACGUCCGCAAUGUCAUCCAGCGUAGGGCCCACAGGUCUGACGAGUGACGUUCCUAUCAUACUCGCGGACAGCAAUCCAUACGCAAAAGACGUGAACAAGGUGCAUCGAGUUCGCAGAAAACCAGUACCCACGUUGUCUACAAUAGAGAACCAGCCUCUAGAGAUACCGGGAGAAACGUCCCCUUCGGAUACCUCUGUGACGGCUGUAGUCGCUCUAGUGCAUACUGGAAGGACGGGACCCCGCGAGGAGUCUCAGGCAGGCAUCCCAUCCAACGGCUCGUGUUCUAUCGCUGUAGCAGAGCCGGCUAGGCGACCACCAACCUCUUACCACCCACAAAAGCGGACAACCAACCGGACUAACCACGCACCUCAUCCAGUAACAUCUCAGACGGGCGAUUACUACACCAUCCGCGUGAGAUCUACUCCCUCAGAUGGUAGAUACCUGGCCAGAUCAUCUCCUUGCAUCCCGAAACCGAUACCAGCCGAACCGCUCCCUCAAUAUACGCCACCUGCUGUCGGAUUGUAA